GGAAGGCCCAGACGAAGCGCUCACGAACCGUAUAUUGAGUGCGUCGUUCGAGAUGUCGGCCUUCAAGGCUCCGCGCACCCCGCCAGGACGCUAUGAGGCCCCUAGGACGCCGUCUGGCAACGUUGGCCGUCCUCUCCGCGAGCCUUGUCUUCGCGAAUUAUACGGACCCGAAUGUCCUGGAUGCUUGCCCCGGAUACAAGACUACGAAUGUGCAUACUUCAGGUUCUACCUUAACUGCGGACCUGGUGCUGGCCGGAGAAGCUUGCAAUGUUUACGGUUCAGAUAUCGAGCAGCUCAAGCUUGAAGUCACAUACGAGACAAACACCCGGAUUCAUGUCAAGAUCACCGACCCAUCCUCUGAUCGUUACGAGGUCCCUGAGUCUGUAGUUCCCCGCCCCGAUGCGGACCCCUCGGUCUCUUCUUCGACUGCCGAGAUUCGUUUCAACUAUACUGCGUCCCCGUUCGCAUUCUCCAUAUACCGCGCCGCGACGCACGAAGUGCUCUUCUCGACCGCGUCGCACCCCAUCAUUUUCGAGCCACAGUACCUGCGUGUAAAGACGAACCUGCCCGACAACGCGAACAUCUACGGCCUAGGCGAGCACACGGACAGCUUCCGGCUCCCAACAUUCAACACGACGCGUACGUUCUGGUCGCGCGACGCCUACGGCGUGCCGACAGGAAGCAACCUAUACGGGAACCAUCCGAUUUACUUUGAACACCGCACGACGGGCACGCAUGGCGUCUUUUUGCUCAACUCUAACGGCAUGGAUGUCAAAAUCAACGACACGGCCGGGACGAGUCUCGAAUACAACGUUAUUGGCGGAGUGCUGGACUUUUACUUCCUUGCCGGGAGCACUACAGAUCCUGUCGAGGCUGCUCGGCAGUAUGCUGAGAUUGUCGGCGCGCCUGCUGAGGUGCCAUACUGGUCUUUCGGCCUCCACCAGUGUCGCUUCGGCUAUCAGAACUAUUUGGACGUCGCAAACGUGAUCGCAAAUUAUUCCAAAGCGGACAUCCCUCUUGAGACAAUGUGGACCGACAUCGACUACAUGUACAAACGGCGCAUCUUUACUGUCGACCCGGACUACUUCCCGCUUGCGCGGAUGCGGGAAAUUGUCGACUAUCUUCACAGCAAUGACCAGCAUUACGUACUCAUGACCGACCCCGCAAUCGCAUAUCUGCCCGGCGGGGGCUAUGGGCCCUUUGACCGAGGCACACAGGCUGACAUCUGGCUCAUGGCUGCUAACGAUAGCUCGCCCUUCCUGGGAGCUGUCUGGCCAGGUGUUACUGUCUUUCCAGAUUGGUUUAGCAACAAGACGCAAGAUUAUUGGACAAAUGAGUUCCAGCUCUUCUACGAUCCUCAGAGCGGCCUUGACAUCGACGGCGCUUGGAUCGACAUGAAUGAGCCUUCCAGCUUCUGUAAUUAUCCUUGCACAGACCCUUUCGAACAGGCCCAAGAGCAGGACCUUCCACCAGCUCGGACCAGCUCUCCUCCUGAUCCAAACGCACCCAUGCCAUGGGGUAGCCAGAAGCGGAAGCGGGUGGACCACAGUGGAGAUGACCUCCAAAAUCCGCUGUAUGCUAUCCAAAACGAUGCUGGAUCUGGUGCUCUGUCUGACCGUACCGCUUACGUUGAUGCUAAGCAUGCUAACGGUUUGGUUGAGUACGACACACAUAACCUGUAUGGGACCAUGAUGUCCACUGCGACGCACAACGCGAUGCUUGCCCGCCGACCGGGGCUGCGUACGCUCGUUAUCACGCGGUCAACAUUCGCAGGCGCAGGUGCUCACGUCGGCAAGUGGCUCGGUGACAAUUUCAGCGACUGGGACCACUAUCGCAAUUCUAUCGCUGGCAUCCUUGGGAUGGCGAGUAUCUUCCACGUGCCCAUGGUAGGUGCGGAUAUCUGUGGAUACGCGGAGAACACGACUGAGACGCUUUGCGCGCGAUGGGCUAUGCUUGGAGCCUUUUAUCCCUUCAUGAGGAAUCACAAUGCAGACACAUCUAUCAGCCAAGAAUUUUACCUCUGGCCCACCGUCGCUCAGGCUGCACGCAACGUUCUGGAUAUCAGGUACCGCUUGAUGGACUACAUCUAUACUGCAUUCCACCAGGCUCAUGAAGAUGGGACGCCCGUACUCAACCCGCUGUGGUACAAAUACCCGGAGGACCCUGCGACAUUCCCCAUCGACCUGCAGUUCUUCUUCGGCGACUCGAUCCUCGUCUCGCCCGUCACCGAAGAGAAUUCGACAUCUGUCACGGCGUACUUCCCGAAGGACACCUUCUACGACUUCCUUACGCUUGCACCGUUUGAGGGCACAGGUGCGAACAUGACACUGAGCGGCAUCAACUUCACGAGCAUCCCAGUGCAUAUCAAGGGUGGCGCGGUGCUGCCUCUGCGCGAGAAGGGCACGAUGACAACGACACAGCUGCGCGAGACGGACUUCGAGCUCGUCGUUGCUCCGGACGCCAGUGGCGAAGCGUCAGGCUCGCUGUAUGCGGACGACGGUGUCUCAAUCACGCCCGCGACGUCGACAUCUGUGUCCUUCAGCUACCAGAACGGCACUCUGGCGGUCGCUGGCGAGUUUGGGUAUUCCAUGGGUGUUAACGUAUCGCGCGUUCGCUUCCUUGGCGUCGUUUCUGCGCCAACGACAGUGAAGGCCAACGGACAGACGGUACAGAGCGGGGCCAUCUCGUAUGACAAAGAUUCUCAGGUUUUGGACGUGACUUUGGACACUCCGUUUAAUGAGGGCUUCACUGUUCAGCAUUCGUAGAUGUGCUGCUUCUCUGUAUAUCCGCCAUCUGUUGCGUACUCAAACUUAGCAUGUGCGUCUUCUCUACGGAUUUGCGAAUUGCGAUGGGCACGACCGUCGAGCCGUCCACCGCGGUCGCAAUGUUUCCAAGUUUCC